AUGGUCAUUGCUCAUCGUAAGUUGCUUGUUAGAGCUGUUCUUUUUAAUAGAGGUAUUAUUGACACCAGUUUGUGCCCUCUUUGUCAGCAUCACCCGGAGACUUUAGAACACCUUUUUAUUUACUGUCCCAAGGUUCAGGAGUUGUGGAACAUGGUGAAACUUAAAUGGGGUGAUAUUCUUCAAUAUUAUGUCGUGAAUUUGGACUGGUUAUGCUUAAAUAAUUCUACUGCAGCGUAUUCUCAAAAUCUUAAGUGGUCUGAAUUUUUUCCAAAUUUGCAGCAAAUUUGGAUCCAGCGAAACAAAGCCAUCUUUGAUAAUAUCAGGUGUAAUUGGUCUUAUGUGUACUCGAAAGCUGUUUAUAAUGUUUCUAUGUUCAAUGAUGUUUGCGCAGACAAGUCCUCUCCUACUCAUAAGGCUAUUUGUAUUAACAUCUCAUGGGAACCCCCUCCUCUUGGCUAUAUGAAAUUUAAUACUGAUGGAGCUUCAAAUGAUGUUGGUUUUGCAGGAGCAGGUGGGAUCAUUAGGGAUAAAGGCGACAAAUUCAAGGGAGCUUAUGUUAUCUACUUGUACAGAAACAGUAACAACAUGGCCAAGCUCUUGGCCAUCAGAGAUGGUCUUAAGUUAGCUCGUAGCCUUAACAUCCUUAACCUUGUUGUAGAAAACGACUUUAUGUAUAUUAUAGACGUAUGUAACAGACUUGUGGAUAUUUCUCGAUUUUUUGAGACUGUGGUCCAGGACAUCCAUUUAUUAGCUAGGACGUUUCAUAGUGUUCUUUUUUGCCAUCAAUAUAGAGAAGCUAACAAUGUGGCAGAUUAUCUCUCUAAAAAGGCUGCUACGAAGAAGUGUCGUCAAAUCUGA